AUGGUGCGAGUGGGCCUUCAGAUUUCCGCCACGCUGGAGAACGUGGACAAGCUGGAGACCUGUCAUCCGGACUACUCCUUCUUCCUGAAACUGAAGUGCAGCAACUGCGGCGAACAGUCGGACAAAUGGCACGACAUAACCGAGUCGGAGCGCGUGCAGCAGGAUUCCCGAAAUGCGGCCGGCUUUAACUUUUACAUGAAGUGCAAGAUGUGCAGUCGGGAAAACAGCCUUGAUAUAGUGGAAAAGUCGAAUGCCCCUUACACGGCGGACGACUCUGGCGGAUUUAAGACCAUCGUGAUCUUCGAGUGCCGCGGCGCAGAGCCCGUGGAUUUCUCGCCCCGCAUCGGCUGGCGAGUCUCAUCCGCUGAGAAUGGCCAGCAGUUCGAGGAGGUCGAUCUUUCCGAGGACGAUUGGGUGGAGUACGACCAGAAGAACAACAACUCCGUGGGCAUCUACGAGUUCGCCUCAAAGUUCAUCAAGCUGAAGAAGUAAUUCUGACCGGGAGUCUUCUUAAA